AUGAGUCACCGCAAGUUCGAGGCUCCCCGCCACGGCUCCCUGGCUUUCCUGCCCAGGAAGCGUGCCGCCCGUCACCGUGGCAAGGUCAAGUCCUUCCCCAAGGAUGACCCCAAGAAGCCCGUGCACCUGACCGCCGCCAUGGGCUACAAGGCCGGCAUGACCACGAUCGUUCGUGACCUCGACCGACCCGGCGCGAAGGCCAACAAGAAGGAGGUCGUGGAGGCCGUCACGGUCGUCGAUACACCACCAAUGAUCGUUGUUGGUCUCGUUGGUUACAUCGAAACCCCCCGCGGCUUGCGCUCCCUCACCACCGUGUGGGCUGAGCACUUGUCCGACGAGGUCAAGCGCCGCUUCUACAAGAACUGGUACAAGAGCAAGAAGAAGGCCUUCACCAAGUACGCCAAGAAGCACAGCGAGUCGAGCGGCGCCAGCAUCACCCGCGAGCUCGAGCGCAUCAAGAAGUACUGCACCGUCGUGCGAGUCCUCGCCCACACCCAGAUCCGCAAGACGCCCCUCAAGCAGAAGAAGGCCCACCUCAUGGAGAUCCAGAUCAACGGCGGCAGCGUCGCCGACAAGGUCUCCUUUGGCCAGGACCUCUUCGAGAAGCCCGUCUCCAUUGACACCAUCUUUGAGCAGGACGAGAUGAUCGACGUCAUCGCCGUCACCAAGGGCCACGGCUUCAACGGCGUUACUGCCCGUUGGGGCACCAAGAAGCUUCCCCGAAAGACGCACAAGGGUCUGCGAAAGGUUGCUUGUAUCGGUGCCUGGCAUCCUUCCCACGUCCAGUGGACCGUUGCCCGUGCUGGUCAGAUGGGAUACCACCACCGUACCUCGGUCAACCACAAGGUUUACCGCAUUGGCAAGGGUGACGCCGAGGACAGCGCCUCGACCGAGAUUGACGUGACCAAGAAGAAGAUUACUCCUCUGGGUGGUUUCGUUCGCUAUGGUGAGGUCAACAACGACUUCGUCAUGGUCAAGGGCUCCAUCCCUGGUGUCAAGAAGCGUGUCAUGACUCUCCGCAAGUCCAUGUUCACCCACACAUCCCGCCGUGCCCUCGAGAAGAUCAACCUCAAAUGGAUCGAUACCUCCUCCGAGUUCGGUCACGGUGCUUUCCAGACCCCCGCAGAGAAGAAGCAGUAUCAGGGUACCCUCAAGAAGGAUCUGGCCUCCGCAUAA